CGGCAAUCAUUCGCCAUCAGCCGCUCCUCCUCCGCGGUGCUCCCCACUGCAGCAGCAUCGCAUCUCAUCUCAUCUCAGUGCUCGGUUCAGUGCAGUCCUCAUCUUUGCUUAUUUAAUAAAAACAAGCAUUGUUUUGUGUUUGCCUCUCUAUCUGUAUGUUGUGCGCGAUUGCCCAACUACAGAUAAUCAAAUUUAUAUUGUGCAUGCGAGAAAGUAAAUAAAGAGUAUGCCAAACGGCUGUGAUCGCGCUUGCUGCUGAAAAGGCAAAUAUUCGCAAAGCGCAAUAAUUUAGAAAAGGAAACUCAACCAAAAAUAAGCACCAAGAAGCCGUUACAAUUAUAAUACCAUAAAUUAUAAUAGGAAACCAAGAGGAAACAAGACCAAAACAAGCAGCAAACAAUAACUAACAACGAGAUGAAGUACCAAACUGGAACCACUGACAACAGUGCAUCAGCGCACGAGAUGCACCAGCUCCCCAGCACAUCCACACCCAAGGAGGCAGCACCAGCUGCUGCAGCCACGACGACGGCCCCCCAGGCCAAUGGCAAUUCCAACUCAAAUCCCAAUCCCAGCCAGAACCAGGCGUCCAAUGCUCUGUUCUGCGAGCAGGUGACCACAGUGACAAAUCUCUUUGAGAAGUGGAAUGACUGCGAGCGAACCGUUGUGAUGUACGCCCUGCUGAAGCGUCUGCGCUACCCGAGCCUUAAAUUCCUUCAGUAUUCGAUUGACAGCAAUCUUACCCAGAAUCUGGGCACCUCUCAGACGAACCUCAGCAGUGUGGUCAUAGACAUCAAUGCCAACAAUCCGGCGUAUUUGCAAAAUCUGCUGAAUGCCUACAAGACGUUCCAGCCAUGUGAUCUGCUCGAUGCCAUGUCCUCCUCGUCGUCGGAUAAGGAUUCGAUGCCGUGCUACGGGAGCGACUUUCAGAUCACCACAUCGGCGCAGUGCGACGAGCGGAAGCUGUAUGCGCGCAAGGAGGACAUACUGCACGAGGUGCUAAACAUGCUGCCGCUGCUAAAGCCCGGCAACGAGGAGGCCAAGCUUAUCUACCUGACCCUAAUUCCGGUGGCCGUCAAGGACACAAUGCAGCAGAUUGUGCCCACGGAGCUGGUGCAGCAGAUCUUCUCCUACCUUCUCAUCCAUCCGGCUAUCACCAGCGACGACCGACGGUCGCUGAAUAUCUGGCUGCGUCACCUGGAGGAUCACAUCCAGGCGGCGGCGGCGGGCCUGACUAAUCGCAGCUACUUCCUGCAGCCCUCCCCGCAACUGGUAGCCGGUGGCAGCUCCACAGGCAGUGGCAGCUGCUCCUCGUCAGCGGCCAGUUCCUCAACAGCUUCCUGUUCGUCGGUGGCCAGUGGCAGUCGAUCUUCGCGUACCAACGACUGGCAAACGAUUGCUCCGCCCAGCAAACAGCUGCAACACAAGCUGGCCGGCAAUGGAGACUGGCGAGGCAGCGGCGGCGGAGGAGCCGGAGCCGGCGGUAGCUCCAGCGGAUCGAUCAAUCCACUCUGUGAUAAUUUAAAUGGUAUUACCCUGAACGAAUUAGCAUCUAGUCAGAAUAGUCUCGGUCUGUCGCUGGAGGGCAGCUCUUCGCUGGUCAACGGCGUUGUUGCAGGAGCGGCAGCGGGCUCGAUGCUGGGAAUCGGUGGCGGCGACGAUCAUGACACGUCAUUUAGCAAAAAUGGCACGGAAAUACUUGACUUUGACCCGUCCACGGCGGACAUAGGAGAGGCUUGCAGCAGCAGCAGCCUAGCCAGCACCAGUAAUUUAUGCCGCAAUUCGUCGGCAGUGGACGCUUUAAACGAUCGCUUGCAGCCGCCACCGCAUCUCCAGCAGCAGCAGCAGUUUUUGCAGGCUCCGCCAUACGCUUCGAUCCUGAUGGGCAACGUGGGCGACCAGUUUGGCGACAUCAAUCGCUGGAGCCUGGACAGCAAAAUUGCGGCACUGAAGACUCGACGGUCAAACAGCCUGACUACACAAACGAUCUCCAGUUGCUCCAGCUCUUCCAACUCAUCGGUGAUCACCGUCAACGACAAUUGCUCCAAUUCCACUGAGAACCUUGCCCAGUUUGCCAACAAGCCGCGUAGCUUCUCCCUCUCCAUUGAGCACCAGCGCGGAGCCCUGGCCAACAGUGGCUCUGAUACGCGGCUGGACGAGUUCAAACCCAACUACAUCAAGUUCCACACCCGCAACGUGGGCAUGUCAGGCAUUGGCCUCUGGCUGAAGUCUCUGCGCCUGCACAAAUACAUCGAGCUGUUUAAGAACAUGACGUACGAGGAGAUGCUACUAAUCACCGAGGACUUCCUGCAGAGCGUUGGCGUGACAAAGGGUGCCUCCCACAAGCUGGCCCUGUGCAUCGAGAAGCUGAAGGAGCGAGCAAACAUUCUCGGUCGUGUCGAACAGGAGCUAGUCACGGGCCAAAUGAAGCUGAGCACGGCGGUCGAGGAGCUAACGAACAUUGUGCUGACGCCCAUGAAGCCGGUGGAGGCCCUUGGGCCGCCGGAGGAGAAUAUUGGACUGCGCUUCCUCAAGGUCAUCGAUAUUGUUAGCAAUACUCUGCAGCAGGAUCCUUAUGCUGCGCAGGACGACGAGACCCUGGGUGUGUUCAUGUGGAUACUGGAUCGCUCCAUACAUAACGAGGCGUUCAUGAACCAUGCCAAUCAGCUUAAGGAGCUCAAGUUCAAGUUGUCCAAGUUGAAGAUCUCCAUGGUGCCGAAGAUGCAUCAUGUGAAGCCAGGAGUCGCAAGUGGUCCCAGCAAUGGUAGCAUAAACAAACCCAGAUGGAAUGGUAAAACUCGCAAGUGCGAUACGAAGAACGGCAGCAACGACAGGAUCAACAAUCGCAAGAACUCCAACGACAUGCUGAACUUCUCGUUGAACUGUCUCCAACAUCCGCUGCCUCACCAUCCGCAGCAGCAGCCGCUACCACCGCCGCCGUUGCCGCAGUUCGAUUACAACGGCUACGGUGGCGGUCCGUCUCAUCAGCCGCAGUACAAGAGCUCCUCCUACCCCAGUUUUAUGGGUAAUCCCCAGCAGCAGCAGCAGCCCAUCAAGCCGCACCAUCAUGCCCAGCAGAUGCAACAGAUGCUGCAGCAGCACAAUCACUUUCCGGCGCUGCCACAGCAGACGCCGCCACAGUCGCACCGCCGAUCGCUAAACAAUCUGAUUCUGGUGGCCGGCGGACCGCAGCAGCCUCAGCAACUGAUCUUCAAGCCAGGCCAGGGAGUGCUGACGAACAGUGGAUCCAACGACAACUUGGUGAUGGAGCGUAAUCAGCAGCAGCAGCAGCGAAAGCUCAGCGGGAAUGCAGGUACCCUGUCAAGUGGGGAGCAGCAACCAAAGAAGACGAUGGCCGCAGUUGUUAUGGUUAGUAAUCAGAGUCAAAGUCAGGAGCAGCAGCAACAGCACGAUCAGCAGCCGCAGAUCCUGAUCAACAACAACAACAAUAACAACAGCAUGCUGAACAACAAUUUGAUUAAUCAGCAGCAGCUGCAACUGCUGGCCGCAGCCGCUGCCGCUGUCAGUAAUGGCAGCUGUCUUUGCUCUAAUGGUGGCGGUGUAAAUGGUAGUGCCUGUGGCCACAAUCUCUGUCAGCACAGCAGCAAGAAUAACAAUGCCGUGGAUCAUUGCCUGUCCCAGCCAGCGCUGGUAGGCCUGGGCGGAAUGUCGCCACACGUCACCGAGUACAAGCUAAACGAUUUCAAGAGUCUGGAACAACUCGAGACGCUGUGCCGCCAAAUGACUGAACAGGCAAUGAACUGAGCAAGCCGCCAGCACACACUCUUUUGUGUUCACACCUAGCUUUGAACCGUGUUUAAAGUUUGAUUUAGCAAGAAACGAACAUGAAUGUUUUUAUACAUAUAUAUAUAAUUAUAGUUUUGUAAGAAUCGCAUCUAUGUUUGUGUCGCGUCUAGUUCUGCCCCCUAUCAUGCCGUUUUGUAAUCGUUUUUAAAUCGUAAGCCGAUAUAUAGUUUGUUUAAAUGUUAAGUUAAUUAAUUAUGUGUGCCAAGAGACGCUCUCAGAAGCUGCUCACCAGCUGGCCGGGCUCGUAGGUCCAACGGCUGGCCGUUGGAAACCCUUGGAGCCCAGUCUGCCUCUGCACCAUCCCCAGGUCAACUGGUGGGCAGUGGGGGCGUGGCAAUGUCAAUGUUAUUAAUGUCUAGGUUUCGUAAAUGUUCGUCGCCAUUUCUGUAGUUCAACUAACACGCCAAGCCAACAUACACAAACACACAAAACACAAUAUACCAUAACUUCUCUCUACUUAGGAAAAUUUGGCCAAAUUCGAUCAACAUUUUACGCUAUUCUAAUUCAAACAUCCAUCAUCCAUCCACCAAAACGAAGGAAUGAAGGAAUACCCCCGCGGAACGACGACGAAAAAGGUUUAUCUAGUGAAAAUUAUAAAAUGAACUCUGCAUCGUGACCAUGAGACUGACUAAGAUUACUUUUCGCAACUAAAGAAAACUAGAAGGGAAGCUUGAGAUGGAAGGAAUAAGAAAUGAGAAUGAGGCGCGAAUCAAAAACAUUGCUUGCUGAAUGAUGUAGUAAAAGUCACACAAUGGAUAUGUUUAUAUAGUAUACACACGUACACACAUAAUUUAUUUUAAAUUAAAAAGGGAACAUGUUUGCUGAACCCCACAUAGGAGGAGUAGGAGGAGGAACAACACUAUACUUCAAUGUUUCACUGUCUAUAUUGUUGUGUUGAAAUCGAAGGAGGAAUUGUAUUGUAUUUUGUAUAAGUAAGUGUAAGACCCGAACCCCGAGUAGUGUAUAUGCAUAUGCAUCAUGAUCUUUGAUCAUCUAUCCCUACAAUUUACCAUUACGUUUGCUUUAGUCAAUUGUUUAUAAACCACUCGAUAUGAUGUUAUGUUUUAGUUGUUUUCAAACAAAUUAUAAAUUAUAUAUAUUUAGAUGUACGAACGAAUGUAUGUCGCAGCAUAAUAAGCUUAAUUAACGACGAUGGCGAGGCAAAGGCCAAAAAAUCAAUACCAAUAAGAGAGCGUAAAAACGCGUAGCCUAAUUUUAAUUGUAUAAAAACAAAAAAACCGAACAAACUGCAUGUGUAAAUCCUGCUUAGAAAUGUUUUUCGUUUUCUAAUUUCUUGUCGAUAUUUCAAAAAUAGCUACCACAACCGCAAACAUUGUAAAUUGCUGAUAUGCUUUUAUUUAUUAAUAAACAACAACCUAGAUUGUGUACGGCGCAAGUUGGGAUAACGAAAUAAAA